GCACCGGAUAUUACUCGGAACGUAAUAUUGCUGUCCAAUUUGACCAACCAGCGGCAAACCAGUGAGUGUGUCUGUUAAAUCUGAAUCACAGCGUAUAACAAAGUUUCUGGAGUGUUUAAACGGCUUCAUGACCGCGAACAAGAGCUGUGUUAGGUGUUAGCAAGCUAACACAGUGUCGGAACCGAAACCCAGUGGAAAUGAUCGAGUAAUAUAAGCAGAGUAGUCAGAGGCGGGAAUGGGCCAAAGAUCAAGAAGAUCAAGAGAAGGAAUGCAUGACAAAGUGUGUGAACUUUGAUGUGAUGGCCGAGCUUCCAUCUGGGCUUCUGGAGGCCUGUGUUGUAGUUGGAGCUCCCAGCGAUAAGCUUCGAGAGGUACAGCAACACACCAAGUCAAAUGAGCUCCCCUUGCUGGAUCCUGAAGUACUGCAGGUCCACGCUCCGCCCUUUGUUUUUAAGGAGACCAACUCGAACCAUGUCAUCGGUCCAGCUUUCAGCCGAGUGCAGAGGCGAAGAAGUUUUAUUAAAAAGAAGAAGCGAGAUCGUGCUGCAGAGGGACUGUCUAAUGGAGAUUCAAGCUGUCGCUCCGAAGCAUCGUCUGCAACCGAGGACAUCAGUGUCCCAAAAGAUCUGGACCUCAUCGCUUUGCCUCAGCUCUGUUUCCCUGGUGGUCUGCAGCUAGACAGCGAGCAGAAAGACGACACUUAUCACUUCCUGGUUUUUACCGACCUGUUUGGCAACCGAACCCAUGGAGUUGUUGUCCAGUACUACAGGGCUGUCCAGCAGUCCGUUCAGGAAGGUGUUUUACAGAAUGGCCAUAGAUGGACGGUAGCCAGGUCUCGUCUGUAUGCUCCCUUUGCUGUGUGCAUCAUCUCUAAGUUCCCCUACUACAACGCCCUGAAAGACUGCCUGUCAUGUCUACUGGUCCAGUUACGGACUGCAAGAGAAGCUGAUCUUGAAGAAACAAUCAGGGAGUUUUCAGCCAAGCUGUCCCUCGUGCCCUUACCACCUCCCGGACAGCUGCAUGUGUCCUUCAACCUUCGUCCUCUUCAAGUGGUUCUCCCGUCCAGAGACGAUCAGGACAGCCCCGUUAUCGACAUCGACCUUCACCUUCCACUUCUCUGUUUCACUCAUGCAGCACUGCUCCAGGUUCUCUCCUGCCUUCUUCAAGAGCAGAGGAUCGUCUUUUUCUCCUCCGACUGGGCCAGACUGACCCUGGUGGCAGAAAGUCUGCUUUUGUACCUGCAGCCACUGUCCUGGCAGCAGCCUUACGUUCCUGUCCUGGCCCGAGGAAUGCUGGACUUCCUGAUGGCGCCGACCGCUUUCCUGAUGGGCUGUCACGUUAAUCACUUCGAAGAGGUUGCUGCUGAGACAGAGGACCUAAUACUUGUGAAUGUAGAUGAUGGCAGCAUUCAGGCAUCGUGGUCUGAAGCACUCGACCUGCCUGACAUACCUCUGGCUGCAGCAGAGUGCUUUAUUUCAAGGGCAGAGAGCUUACAGCUUCAGUAUGAUUUGGAGAUGUGCCACCUCGGAGCAGGCACAGAUGUAAACACCUUUCGAUCCCAGCGCAGAAGCUGGCGGAGAAAACUCAACUCUCAGAUACAAAACAUCGCCCUGGAAUUAGUGGUCAACAUUUUCAGAGAGGUCCAGGAUUUUUUAAAUCAUGAACACAGGGUUUUUAACAGUGAGGAGUUUCUUAGAACGAGGGAGCCAGAGGACCAGCUGUUUUACGGGAAGGUGUUAGAAACUCAUAUCUUUCACUCGUUCCUGCGGGACAGGCUGAACAGGAAAAGGGACUCCUUCAGCCGCAUGGAGCAGAUGACACGAAACCACGCGAACAGGAAUCGUGCAUUGACCGAGACUCCACGCCGCCCUCCGAUGUCGGAGCUGUCCAGGAGUGGCUACAACCGGUACACCAGUACGGACCGCAGACUGAGCAAGAGACUGGGAGUCAGUCUUCCGAAUCUCGAUCAACCCAUUAUUGAAUCUGUCAUGUUAAACUCGAACAAACUACUCCCCGUUCGGAUAAUUAGUCCUGAUAGUGGGUUAAAGUUUCUUCAGAAACCUUUGAAGGUGUUCCAUCUCCCAGAUUUCCCACCCCCAUUGGCCUAUCACUAUGUUCAGAACUAUUACUCUGACAUGGCUGCUGCACUGGGGAAGGCUAUUAGUGCGACACCCACUGAUGAAUCUGCUCUGCUGGCCAGAUACCAUUACCUACGGGGUUUGGUGAACACUGUGUCCAACAGGCGCCUGGAUGCCUUAGAGGAUUUUUAUAGUCUCUAUAAGACCGACGCAGAAAUCUUCCCUUCUCAGAUGGUGAAGUCUUUGGUGGACUCCCUGCCAGAAGUUGAAUGGCUACAGGCGGACAGAAGGCCAGAGUUAAAACGCUUAAUCAGUCGGGUGAAAAGGGAACAGGAGCGUGAGCGUGCGACCCUGGGCAAAGGCCAAGAGGAAGCAGCUGUAAAGCGUUUCCAGCUGCCGAAAACAUACAUGCACCUAGAGGAGUUUGUGAAAUGUGUCCAGGAGUCUGGCAUCGUAAAAGACCAAGGAACCAUUCACAGACUGUUUGAUGCUCUAACUGUAGGUCACCAGAAGCAGGUUGGCCCAGACUUAUUCAGAGUGUUUUACACCAUCUGGAAGGAGACCGAGGCCGAGGCUCAAGAGGUGAGUCUGCCAGCAUCUGUGUUGGAGCACAUUGAUGCUACGGAGUGCGUCUUCAAGCUGUCAUCCUCUGUCAAGACGAGCCGUGGUGUGGGGAAGAUUGCCAUGACUCAGCGACGGCUUUUCUUGCUGACCAACGGACGACCGGGAUUCGUGGAGGUGGCACAAUAUCGAGAUUUAGAGGACGUGAAGUUGUCCUCUGCUCCCUUCCUGGUUCUACGCAUCCCCAGCCUGAAGAUCCGUGUUCACGGAAAGAAGGAGGCAUUUGAGGCGAACCUGAAAACGGAAACUGAGCUCUGGAAUAUGAUGGUCAAGGAGAUGUGGGCAGGACGAAUUAUAGCUGACCAAAACAAGGAUCCACAAUAUUUGCAACAGGCUCUGACCAAUGCCUUGUUGAUGGAUGCUGUAGUGGGCAGCCUUCAGAGCAGUAAGGCUAUCUAUGCUGCUUCUAAACUGGCUCACUUUGACCGCAUGAAGCUGGAAGCUACAAUGAUGGUUCCCACUACAACUGCAGAGACGCUGAAGCAUAAAAUAAACCCUUCAGUGGAAUUUGCUGCACCGCAGGCUGUAGAUGUGUUGUUGUACACACCAGGUCAGUUAUGGGUGUCUGUGGGUGGAGGAAAAGUGAUGGUCUUUGAUGCAUCCAGCUGGUCCCUCAUACAAACUUGUCAAGUUGGGAAUGCAAGACUGAACUGUAUGCUGGGAGUUGACAGGGACCAGGUCUGGAUGGGUUCUGAGGACUGUGUCAUCUACAUCAUCAGUAUGGUGUCCAUGGUCUGUAAUAGACAGCUGACUGAACACAGGGCAGAGGUCACCGGUCUAGCACUGGACACCGAAAAAUACAGCCAGAAGGUGGCGUACUCCUGCAGUGCAGAGGGAACUGUCAUGGCGUGGGAAGUCUCGACUCUAAAGGUGAAGAAACAUUUCCGUCUCUGCUGCGAUUUCCUGCAGUCUGUCUACACCUGUGGUGGAGCUCUGUGGUGUUGCUCCAGGACCAGUAUAAUGGAGGUGUGGAGGAACGGUUCAUUAAAACAGCGUGUAAAUCUGCCUGAGCACCAAAGAGUCAAGUUUAGCUGUGCUCUGCUCCUCCCUGAGAGUGAGGAGCUUUGGAGUGUGUGUGUCGACUCUGCAGAGGUGUAUAUUUGGCACAUGAAAAACACUACUAAACCCUUUCACCGCGUGAUGCUGCAGGACUGCACUGGAUGUUACUGCAUGAUUCAAGUCAAAAACCAGGUGUGGGUUGGGGGUUUGGGCCGUAGUUCUACCAAAGGGAAAAUUUAUGUCCUGGAUAUGGAGCGCUAUCAGGUCCUGAAAGAGCUCCACGGCCACGUCGACAAGGUGACUGCGCUCUGCUCGGCUGAGGAUCGGUACAUUCUCAGUGGAGCCGGCAAACACGACGGGAAGGUUGCCAUUUGGAAGGUGGAGGAAAAGGGACUGGAUUCAAGCAACUGCUAGUGCUGCACUAAGCUCUGCAAAUUUAGGGCAUCUUCUGAACCAUGAAGGAGGAAAAAUGAAGGGAAGUUCAACAAAGACUGACAAAUGAUCUUUAAAUGAAGGAAUUACAAAAAAAAGCAUCAUGUUUACAUGUGGAAUCAGAAAGUGUGAAGCUUUUCAUGCCUAUGAAGACUUGUGUUGGCAAUAUAAGUGACACUUUUAAGUUCUAGUAAAGAUGAAGGAGGAGUGAGUGAAACAAAAAGCCUGCUGAUGGUUUUUACUGCAAAGUGUAUCGCAGAUGUGUUUAUUCUACAAGGCCACAUGCAAUCUGAGAACAUUAUGUGACUUAGCUUUACCUCACGCUGUUUGCUUGAGGUGAAAAUCUGCAGCUUUGAGGAGUCAAACUACUGCGGAAACACAGCAGAGGUUGCAGAUUUCACCAGCACUGUGGGAAAGCCCCCCUACAGGAGUUAGUUUUUUUGGAAACUGUGCUUUAAUACGAGGAUGCAUGGUGAUGGGAACUGCAGUUCACUCUACAUCAGAGCACAUUGAGAACUCAUGCUUACUCCUGCACUCCUAUUCAUACGUUUUGUCACAUUCAACCUCAAACAUCGCUGUAUUUUGUUGUGGUUUUAUUUUAUGGAUUAACAAAGUAAUGCAUAUCUGUGAAAGGAAGGAACAGCAUACAUGGUCGACAAAAUGUUCUCCUUUCUCUUUGCAAAAUAACUCAAACUUGAAUAAAGGGCAUCUCUGAGCAAGAGUUUUCAACCCUUGCCACAAGUUAUUAAUUUAAUUUAGGCCUUAACUUUGACUAGGCCUUUCUAACGCAUGAAUAUGCUUUGAUCUAAAUCGUUCUAUUAUAGCUCUGGCUGUAAGUCUAGGGUCAUUGUCCUGGUCGAAUGUGAACCUUUUGAAACGUAGAGCAGAUUUUCCUCAAGGAUUGUCCUGUAUUUAGCUUCAUCCAUCUUCCAAUCAACUCUGACUGGCUGUAGAAAAGUGUCUCCCCAGCAUGAUGCUGCCACCACCAUGCUGAGGUGGCCAGGAAAAUCUAUUAAUUAGGUGACCUCUGAUAGCAAUUGGUUGUACUUUUAUUAUAUUUUAUUUUAUUUAGGGAUAUCAGAAAAAAGGGGGCUAUUUACAAGUACACACCAACAUUUUGAGAAAAAAAAAAAUUUCCUUCCACUUUACAAAUAUGGGCUAGUUUGUAUUGUUUUAUCACAUAAAAUAAAAAUAAGUACAUUGAAAUCUGUGGUUGUAAUGUGACAAAAUAUUAAUAAGAGUAUAAAACGUAUUGCAAGCCACGGCACUCCAACAGAAAUAAGUAAAACACACAGUGGUCUUUUUAACGUUUUUUUAUUAUUAUUUAUUUACUCGCUGCGCUAGUUUUAGUUCCUAGUUAACGGGGCCAAAAAAAGGUCAAGUUACUCGCAUGUUUAACAUUCAGAAGUUUAUAAGUUGAAUAAUAAGCAUGUAAAGUGCUUAACAUGUUGGAAUAUAUUAGUUUCUUAUGUCACCGAAUCUCUCCCUGCACCCGAGGUUCAUGUGUUCCACUCUUCGUUAUUUUUUAUGUAUGUGCUGUAGGUAAUGAAGGAACAUAGCUCUAUUUAUGUGUUUUUAUUUACACUGUGACUUUUUAAAGAUGUCAGGAAAUGUUAUAACCAAGACUGUUAUUACAAACUAUUAAUAUUUUUAACCAAUAGUAAAAAUAAAUUUUAAAACAAGA